UAUAACAAGCGAACGAGUGUUAUUGGUACCACUUGUCCCAUUGCCUGUCCGUUGUGCUGGUUUUAGAGGUUUGAUGCCGAGCAGCCCAUCCACUGCCAUGGAGGAACACGCCUUCCGGGACAAGUCCCUCUGGAUAUUUGGCUAUGGGUCCCUGGUGUGGAAGCCGGAUUUUGAAUUCACCUCCAGUAAAGUUGGCUUCAUCCCUGGCUACAGCCGCAAGUUCUGGCAAGGAGACACCUUCCAUAGAGGAAGCCCUCAAAUGCCCGGGCGUGUGGUGACCAUACAAGAGGAUUGUGAGGAAUGCACAUGGGGUGUUGCAUACGAAGUGCGUGAAGAUCAGAUUGAAUCCUCUCUUCAGUAUUUGAAUGUACGAGAGUCUGUCCUCGGAGGCUAUAUCACAAAACUGGUGAAAUUCUACCCUCAGGAUGAAGGGGAAGAAGGUGCAGUACUUGCCCUGGUGUAUAUAGCCACUCCACAAAACUCUAGUUACCUUGGACCAGCCUCUGAUGAAGACAUUGCAAAUCAAAUUGUCGUGUCCAGUGGACGGGCAGGCCAUAACAUUGAAUAUCUCUUACGGCUUGCAGACUUUAUGCAUAACUAUUGUCCAGAAGCCGAAGACAAGCAUCUGUUUUCCAUUGAAGAGGCUUUGAUUUCCAUCCUUCCAUACUUUUAUACUACAGAUGAUCCUUUGCCCGUGUUCUGCUAAGGCUUUAAACCCUGCAAAGUACUGACAUAUUCCAUCGGUGAUCAAUACUUUAAAUCUGAUGGACUCCUGGACGCUUCUGAAUGCCUUACCUCUUCCACACUACCUAGUAGCUCCCGAAAUGUAAAACGUGUUCCACUCCUGAUUGCCGGCGCUGUCUACCCCAAAAGCAAGCUACCCACUACAAUGUAUAGCAGACACCUCCUGACAUAACGGACACAGAUUAUAGGGCAAUGAAUAACCAACACAAGUGUAGGGAAGGUUUUUAUUUCAUAUUAAUUACCUAGGGAGCAGGUCUCCUGCUUAUUUUUUUUUUUUUAACUGCCUACCUCAGUUAUAACUAAAUCAAUUGUUACUUUUUUAAGCUUUUAUGUUCUUAAAGGCUGAUGCCAAAGGAGCAUUUUGACAUGCCAAGAUUUUCAGAAAAGAGCAGUGUGUUAAAUGCCCAAUCAGCCUAAGGCCCCAUACACACUACUCGAUUUUCUGCAGAUUUUUGUCUUCAGAUUUACCAAAACCAUGUAGUGCAAGGGCCAGCCCGAGUGCAUACAAAUUUAAACGCUUAAGGUUUGACCUCCAUAUUGUAUGGUUUUUGGUAAAUCCGAAGACAAAAGUCUGCAGAAAUUCGAAGUGUGUAUGGGGGUUUUCCAAAAGGAUUGUAAUAUUCCAGGUGCAAAAAGUUACCCUGCAUUACCUAGCUGUACACUUAUACCCACCUUUUUUUAUAUUGUCAACUUGGCACUGACCUUAACAUCUUCUGUACUGUAAGCUGUUUUUAAGACUAGGCAACUCUUAACCUUUGGUCCUUCUAUAAUAAUUUAGUCUUGGCAUUGCCUUAUCUAGACCAGUGGGUCUCAACCUCAGUCCUCAAGUACCACCCAAGGGCAAUGUUUUCAGGUUUUCCGUUACUUUGCACAGCUGCUUUAUAU